AGAGAGUAAGAGAUUGCAAGAGUGGGGAGGAGAGGGAGAAGGAGACUCCCCGCUGAGUAAGGAGCACGUGAGGCUCCACCCCAGAGCCCCGGGAUCAUGACCUGAGCCAAAGGCUGAAGGUGGACGCAGAACCAACGGAACCACCCAGGCGCCCUAAAAAACCUUUUUCUUUUUUUUUUUUUUUAAAGGAUCAUACCUCUGGUGUAUUUAGGAAAUCUUGCUUAACAUAGUCACAGAACAUUUCUAAGCUUUCUUCUAGAAAACUUACACAGUUUUUUAAAUUUUACAUUUAGGAAAGGGCGGAGGUUCAUUUAUUUGCAUAUGGAUUUCCAAUUGUCCCAAAACCAUUUGUUGAAAGACUAUUCUUUCUCCACUGAAGAGCACUGCCACCCUUGUCACACCGACCAGGUGCGUGUGGCUCCAGUUCAGGACUCUGUGGUCCAAGCGUUUGUGUGUCUCUUCGCCAGGGGAGAGCGGAAGGCGGCCAGCGGGUGGCAGUCCCUCCUCUGGGCCCGUCCUUCCGGGUCGCCACACUUCAUUCCCCCCCACGCCCUUCUCGGUCGCCAGCCUCUCACCGUGGCUACGGGACAGGGAGGACUCCUAGGCGAGCGCCCAGCUGAGCAGGCCACGUCUCGCGCGCAGCUCUGCCCCCGCAGCCACGCUCUCCCUCCAAGGGCUCACGACCACGUCCCCGCCCCAAGAGCCUCGGUUGCCAAGAUAGCUGCGGGCGACCGAAGAUCUCGGGCCGAUUUCUGGCCUGUCCUGCAGCCCGAGAGAGCGGCGCAUGCGCGGUCGCCGCCCCGCGGUCAGCCUGGGUCUUCGCUUCCCAGGUCCCCGGCUUCCCCUCUUCAUGCCUUUUCCGUUUCUUGGGAGCCUAGGUCGCCGGCGAAGCCAGCGAGUUUACCCAUCUCAGGGAGAAACGUGCUGGGCACAGGACCCAGGAGGGAGACCCGGCUUUGUGACAUUAUCGUACAUUCCAGGGAGCUGAGGAAGAAAUGAGAAGCAGUACGUAGAGCGCCUACCACAGCGUCAGGCACAUAGCAGGUGCUCAGAAUGUGUCCGCCAGUGCCAGAUGUAUGUUUGCAAAGUAUGUGAAGAGGACCCAGAUGCCGUGCCGCUCGCAGCCCCUCGGCAUGAUUUUACAGAGAUGAUGAGAGCCUUGGGAUACCCUCGCCAUAUCUCUAUGGAAAAUUUCCGCACACCGAAUUUUGGACUUGUGUCUGAAGUGCUGCUUUGGCUUGUGAAACGAUACGAACCUCAGACCGACAUCCCUUCUGAUGUUGAGACUGAACAAGACCGCGUUUUCUUCGUUAAGGCCAUUGCCCAGUUCCUGGCCACCAAGGCACAUAUAAAACUGAAUACCAAGAAGCUUUAUCAGGCAGAUGGGUAUGCGGUGAAAGAGCUCUUGAAGAUCACCUCUGUCCUUUAUAACGCCAUGAAGACCAAAGGGAUGGAGGACUCAAAGAUAGGAGAGGAGGACGUCAGCAAAUUCAAGUUUGAUCUGGGCUCAAAGAUUGCAGACUUGAAAGCAGCCAGGCAGCUUGCUUCUGAAAUCACCUCCAGAGGAGCAUCUCUGCAUGAGCUGCUGGGCAAGGAGGUAGAGUUGAGGAAACUGAGAACAGAAGCAAUUGCCAGACCUCUGGAAAUCAGUGAGACUGAAAAGGUGAUGAGAAUUGCAAUAAAAGAUAUUUUGGCGCAGGUGCAGAAGACUAAAGAUCUGCUCAAUAACGUGGCCUCUGACGAAGCUAAUCUAGAAGCCAAAAUCGAGAAGAGGAAAUUGGAACUGGAAAGAAAUCAGAAGCGGCUCCAGACUCUGCAGAGUGUCAGGCCAGCCUUUAUGGAUGAAUAUGAGAAGAUAGAGGAGGAGUUGCAAAAGCAGUAUGACAUUUAUCUAGAGAAAUUUCGAAAUCUGGCUUAUCUGGAGCAGCAGCUUGAGGACCAUCAUAGGAUGGAGCAAGAGAGGUUUGAGGAAGCUGAAAACACGCUGCGCCUGAUGCAGAACAAGCUGAAGGAGGAGGAGAAGCGCCUGCUCCGGAGCGGAAGUCAGCCAGGAGAGCCUGAAGCAGCCCUAAGUGAUAAGCCUGCAUGGAGUUUAUCCCCUCCCGAGAGGCCCGGCACAGGUAACGAUGACUCUGACAUUGACAUCCAGGAAGACGAGGAAUCUGACAGUGAAUUGGAGGAGAGGCGGCUGUCCAAGCCGAGGACGGCCAUGGAGGUGCUCAUGCAAGAAAGACCCAGCAAACGCAUCGUGGGCACAAUGCAGGGUGGAGACUCUGAUGACGAUAUGGAAGCAGCACCAGCUCUCUUAGGUAAAUGCAAGACUUCCAGCUCCAAGAAGCAGGAGGACUCCGAGGACAGUGAGAUUGACAUGGAGGGUGAUGAAGAAGACGACGAUUUGGAAGAUGAGAGCGUUGCUCUCUCGCCAGCUAAGCCCAGUCGCAGGGUCCGAAAGCCUGAGCCCCUGGAUGAGAGCGACAAUGACUUCUGACCCUCUUGCUCAAGGGACCGGAGUGAUUGAAUCCCUCAGAUCUAUAGGUAAAGGGGAAGUUGGAAGGUUAGGAAGGAGACCUAUUUUGUUUGCUAAACCAGCUGGACUCGUUCAUGAAGCCCCACCUAGUUGUUCUUUAGCUGCCUCGGUGUUACUGCAGAGGCCUUCAACGAGAACUGAAGCAAGCCCCAAAGAGGAUGUGUUUUUUUGCCUUAUUUAUCUCCUGAAAUUUGGGAAACCCAUGUGUUCCUAGAGCUGUGCGUGCGCGAGACGUGCAGAGGUUCGACGAGAAACAAGGUUCGGCACUGUCAGGUCUUGGCUGUCGUUGUUGUGAUGUGUUUCCUCUCCGCAUCGGGGGUGGGGGGGGGGGGGGGACGGACGUGGGGCUGGGCACCAGGACUCAGUUUAGGAAUUGUGGGGGAGUGUCUGAGUCCUCAUCUGUACAGUUGUGGACAUUUACUGUACAUUGGCUUUUUAUUCUAGCUUUUAUUUCGUUGUCUUAUUUUCUUGCUUCUCUAUGUUCACAAUACCGAGCUUGCAAUGUAUUUUACUAAAAUGUUCUGAAUGAGAGUUAGCUAAGUUAGAUGAAAACCCACUUUGCUUAAAGAUCACAUAACAGAGAGAUGCUCCGAAAUAGAAAAGCUCCAUUUUCUCUCAGAAGGUUGACAUUCCUGCUUAGGAAACCAGAUUAAAGAAGUGUUAGUACAGGUGACUUGUGUUUCUGACUCUAAAGAUGAACCAGAAUGCAUCCGGUUGAGUAGCACUAGAAUAAUCACCCUGAUGUGAAAUGAGGAGUGACAGGUGCAGUUGUUUUGUUUUUCUGAUGUGGAAAACACAGAGCAGUUUUCAUUUAUUUUUCAGUUAUAAAGUCAGAAGACUUCUGAAGUUACUUAACUCGUAAUAAAUGUAUUUAAUUCUGUAUUUAAUGUAUUUAAUUCUGUAUUUUUAUAUCAUUAAAUAAAUUUUCUUGAAAGUA